AUGGGUCUUGCAAAGCCUGGUCCAGUGAUUGAAACAUUUUGUAGUGACGAGCUUUUGGCACGCCAUGUAAAACUUGAUGGAGUUGUUACUUUAGUCGACUCUGUGAAUGCCAUUAAACACUUGAAUGAAGUAAAACCAAGAUUUGUGGUGAAUGAGGCUGUGGAACAAGUUGCUUUUGCAGACCGUAUUAUUUUGAACAAAAUAGAUCUGGUAAGUGAGGCUGAAGUGGAGUCACUGAAAAGACGAUUAAAGCUCAUUAAUGGGAUAGCACCAAUUAAACUAGCUAAGUAUGGGGAAGUCGAUAUGGACUUUGUCUUGGGGGUUGGAGGUUAUGAUCUUGACAGGAUUGAAUCUGAAGUCAAAUCAGAUGAAUCUCAUUGUUCUCAUCAUCAACAUGAAGCUGGACAUGAGCAUCAUCACAAAGGGCACAAUCAUGAUCAUGUGCAUGAUUCAGCUGUUACAAGUGUUAGUAUUGUUUCCGAAGGGACUUUAGAUCUCGAUUAUUUUGAUGAUUGGCUUGAAAGAUUGAUAGACGAGAAAGGGGAUGACCUUUACAGGAUGAAAGGGAUACUCUCAGUUAGCGACUCUGAUCAGCGUUACGUUUUUCAGGCUGUACACGCUAUCUACGAUGGGUGCCCGGGCAAGGAAUGGGGGCCCGACGAGAAGAGGGUAAACAAACUCGUGUUUAUCGGGAGGAACUUGGACGAAACUGCCCUUAGGAAAGGGUUUAAGGGCUGUUUGGCAUGA